AUGGAAGAACAAGUACCUGAGAGCUCACAAAUAGCCACUGAACUUGGCGAGCAAGAUGCGAACAGGUUGCUUCUACAAUAUCUUCUCUUACAUCGAGGAUCCUGUGAUGAAGGUCAGCUACUGAAGGCAUUGAAAACACUUGAAGUAAAAGAUCUAAACGCGACUGAAUGGCAAAAUAGGCUCAACAAAUGGAUGGCAAGCGUUAACUUGACGCUCAACGCCUUGGAUUACAAGGUAUCCAGACUGAGGAAUCGAUCAGGUGGUUGGAGCUAUGUUUAUGUCGAUCUGGCACCGGCAGAAGAUACCAAGGGAGCCACAAGACUCAAUCUCGAUGAGCUGAAUUUCGUGCAAUGGGCGAUUCAACGGUUUUUGGGCGACAGGAGUGCUAUUCAGGCGCGAGGCUCGAAAAGUUCUGUGGAAAACGCAGUGGAUGGAAUUUUGCGCGAAAAAUUCGGAUCGUCUGAGUUCGAGAGCUUACAGCUUCGACUGUAUCAUACGUCUGGGUCUACAGAACUCUGCCAAUACGAGGAAAUGGACGCAUUGAAAGUCGAAUACCUUCUGGCCCGACUUUGUCAAUUACGGUGGUUUUACGAAACGGCUGAAGGCCGCUUUGGUCUGGAUGUGCGAGCACUAGCAGAGCUUCAAACCUACAUACGCGAAAAAUACAGCGUUCCUGAUUGUUCCGUUUGCAGUGAACUUGCUUUGGAGGGCAUUCAGUGCAAAUGUAACGAAAAUGCAUGGCACGUUGCGUGUCUGCGCCAUUUUUUGGCGCAUGUGGGGACUUCGUGUCCGAGCUGCGGCUCGAGCCUUGAACAAGCCGUCUACAUGACCUGA